AAUUUUUGUGUUUGCGCUGGCGGAGAGGAUUUUGAGCGGAAAAUCUGAAAUACAGAACCGAAUGAGCCACUUGAUCUCUGCAGAUCCCAACUCUAAGGAUCGUACUUUUGCGGGAAACUGUAAACAACUGCUGCAAUGGACAAGUUCGGUAAACUUGUGGUGGGGAUUAAAGUCGACAUUCAACGGACUGAUGGCCGUGUCCAUUCAUCCAUGAUAAGUGGUAUCAACCUGGACACCAAAAGUGUGACUGUUGAGUGGUAUGAAAAUGGAGAAACAAAAGGAAAAGAGAUUGAAAUUGACCAGAUCUUUGCUCUGAAUCCAACGCUUGUUGUUCAACCCAAACCAAAGCCCACUCCGUCCAACAAACGGAUAUCAACCACGCCCAGUAACAAGAAUGCAAGGAAUGAAAAUCACAGUGCUCCUUCACCCAAAGCCCAUCCACAAUCAGGUUAUUGUUUGUUUUGAAAUUUAAUAAUAAUUGAUACAGUAAUGUUAGUGAG